AUGUGCCACUUUCAGGUCUCCUCACACACUGCUGGUGUGUUCAAUUUUUUGACAUAGGGUGCUGGCAGAUUACGGGCCUCCCAUAGCUGCUGCCAGGCCCCUAAUCUGCCAUGGGCCCCUAUAUAUACCGCCUCCUCAUGCUGCUGCCAGGUCCAGAGUCUCUCAUGGGUCCCUGUACGGCCUCCCAUUGCUGCUGUCUCCAUCGCCACACUCUGCCAUGUGCCACUUUCAGGUCUCCUCACACUCCUGCUGGUUUCCAUUUUGUCAUAUGUUGCUGAAUGGCCUCCCAUUGCUGCUGCCUCCACCGCCACACUGUGGCUCCAAACACUGGUUUUGGCCCCGUGACUGGCCAAAUGAGUGAAGUGUGCGGUGAUUCUAAGAUCGACGGCACUCAUCUGCAUGUCAUACUG